AUGACUGCAAGAACGCUCGUUCAGCGACUUCAUGCGAGAUUCGUCGCCCCCAAUGCCCUUCCAGUCCAGCCAAACAUGUUGGAGUCUGCAGUUCACUCGCCGAUGAACAUGAAGCACUACGCGGGGGUGGAAGACGUUUUCCAGCUUGCUGCGAACCUCGCCGAGAAGAUAAUGAAGAACCAUGCUUUUCAGGAUGGUGAUAAACGCACUGCGUUACUGGCCGCCGACAUGUUCCUGAAAAUCAACGGCUACUACCUUCAGAAGGUGCCAUUCGCGGAAGAUAUACACAAUAAGGGGCUAGCAAAUGCUCAUGUCGCCGUUGUUACCAAUCACUGGACCGCGGAACAAUUGGGAAACUAUUAUAAGUCUGUGGCAGCGCCUCUUGGUCCGGUAACUGCAGAAGUCCUGGAGUAUACAAGCUCGGCUGCCGAGUACUAG